AUGCACUCCCAGAACUUGCCUGCCAAGAUAUGCAUGGUAAUGAAAUCUUUCAGUAACCCCAAAAAGAACAAUUUGAAGGGGCUUGAGCCUUACACACACAAGAUUGGGUUGCCUGAAUCACGAGCCUUAUGCACUGUGUUACGAUCACCUCAUAUUGAUAAGAAAUCCAGCGAGCAGUUCUCGACAUAUGUGAAUAAGGUAUUUGUGGUUAAAAAGGCAGAGACACGUGAAUUGGCCAGGAAGUUCUUUUGGUUGAAACGGCUUCGUGUAUCGGGGGCUCAAUAUGAAAUCAAUAUUAGUUUGAAGACCCGCUUGGAUAAAAUGAUUGGCUGCAGCAAAGGUGGUGACCUUCUUCGACAGUGGUUCUAA